AUGUGGGCGCUCUUUUCAUCCUUCUCAAAGCCCGCGCAGCCUACAAUCAAAAUCAUAGGCGCUAGAUUUCCAGCAGACGGCUCCGCGCCAUGCUUAGUACCUCUCACAACGACCGACGACCAUCAGAAGCCUAAGAAUCAGGGGCCGGACUGCUGCUUUUCUCGUGUCCCCGAUCUGCGCGCAUUUUGGAAGGUCACACGAGGCUGGGAGUUUCGAGACGUGGAGCAAAUAACAUUCACGGACCAACCAAACGAGGCCUGGAAUGGAGUCUACUUGAAAUGGUUCUCAUUUGCACUGGACGAUCUCCCAGAAAAUGCUUCCGUCCCGCUCAUUUUCUGUCGUGCAAGUCGCUUGGCGGCGGGAGAUGUGUUUGUUGUAAAGCUUGCGCCGCAGGAAUGUGAUGAGCAUGGUUGGACGGAUUACAAGGACUUUCCGACAGAGUUCCUAGAG